AGGAUGCAGACAUUAAACGGAGCCACUCAGCCAGUCAGGCGUGUAUGCACCAUCGAUAUGCACACGCAUCAAGCUCUCAGCACACCCACAGCAACACACGGCACAGCCAGCCACAGUGGGCCGUGGUGGCUGUGAGGGAAGCCAUCUCUUCCCGCUAACCAGCCACUCACUCAUCUAGCUGUCUGUCUGCUCUCCCACCCCACCGCUCUACGCACACCGUCAAGGUGUUGUCGCCCAGCAUCCAUCCAUCCAUCCAUCUGAAGCUCUCUCAGCAACCUUCAUGGGCCGCCGAGUGACCAUCUGACAGGCGACACACACGGCCAGACAGACAGACACUCAAGUUACGUGGUGGGCGGUGGUGUGUGUGAUGUGUGUCCUACCCAUGUGCCGGCACUGCGCUCGACGCACAGCCCUUGGCCAUCGAGGCUGAGCUUGUAGGGCCCGCCGCUGAGGUUGAGGCCGGCCUGCUGCGCCAUGAAGCGCCGCUGGAAUUCGGUGCGCAGGUUACCGCCAAACAAACCCACAUAUGUCUUCUUGUGACCCUGCAGGGCAAAUAGGACGAAUGGCGUAGCCACACUGCCUGACAGCUGUGUCUGUAUGGUGUGUUGCGUUGCGUUACCUUGAGCUCGUCCGUGAAGGACGUGAUCGUGACCAUCACGUUACUGUAAAAGGUCUCAUAGUGGUCAUCAUCCGUCGGCCCGUCAUCAUCUAGAUCACCUUCAGUGAAUGAACACACACCCCAUGCACAGACGCCAUGACUGCUGGUUCCCCCCUGCGCCCCCAUCCCCCCUUACCGGACACGAUGAUACCGGACACGAUGAUCGUCACUUCCUCGACCGGCGGCAGCUUGUCGUUGCUGCCCCGCCCCCACAGACAGGGGCUCUGCCAGUCGUGCACGGGUGCUGUGAAUUCGUUUGGCGACAGGUCGAGGCACAGCGUCAGGCUCCUCUCCCGCCCCCUGCUGACCAGCGCCGCCUGCAGGUGCUCGAGGAACCCCCACACCUCACGAACAGGCACCAGCAGCAAAGCGUGCUCAUGGUCUCCUAUCUCGAUGCGCGACAGGUUGGGCAUGUUGGAGGCGAUCUCGACCGCCCGCUUCUUCUUGGCCUCAUUGGCGAGGGCAUGCUCCAGCAGCGACAGUGUGUGGGCGGCGCGGAAGGUGUCGUCCGUGAUGGUUGCAGGGACGGCCUCGUCCUCUCCGCUGUAGGACACGGUGUCGGCUCUCUUGGCGUACUCGUCAAUGACCCGCUGCAUAGUGGGAGUGCCGCUGCUGCUACGCGAAAGGAGCUCGGCGUCGAUACUAUGAUAGCAUGCAUCCCCGUCACCGUCGGCCACAAUGCGAUUCGACAACGCCUCGUGAUGAGCGACGACGUCACUGCAGAAAAGCACCAAAAGAGCAACGAGCACAUGAUGUGUACGUCACGUGUACUUGACCCUUUUCUCUUCUCAUGUAUCCUUACACGAGUUGUGCAGUUUUCUGCAGUCUCUCCCAGUGCUCGCCCAUGUUCCACAGACCACUACCCAUGCCGAUCUCGAGCUCACGAAUGGACUGCCUGACGCCCCUCGCCACCAUCACCUCACGCAGCUCGUCGAUGUCGGCGGGGGUGCUCCGAUACAUCUCGACGCCUCGAAGUGUGCGAAGCGCUUUCAGCGACUUCCCGUUGGCGGGCAGCACCCUCAGCACAUCGGCCGAGUCCUCUGCGUCCACUCCGUUGAGCUGCAGCACUUCGACCGCCUCGCAGUCGGCCAGCCAUGCCCUCGCGCCCUCCGCCGCUAACAGACAAUCUUCGGUGACGAGCGACUUGACGGCAGGUGUCCGCCACUGGCGGCCCACGCGAGCCUUCAGACACUGCCUAGGGAUGUUGUCGACCGUCGUGAGGGCGGGCAAGUGAGUGGGCUCGGUGGGGGCGGGGGGCAGAUCACAUGAGGGGACAGGGUGGGGGAUGUCAAUGCUGUCAUCGAGCUCGACGGCCUCGAAGGACAGCAUCUCCAAUGUGCCCUUGUCAGCCGACUGAUCCCCUUGCCCUGCUGGCGCAGCAGCAGUCUCCUCCCCUCCCUCCCUCUCUCGUCGUCUCUUCUCUGCGAUGGCCGCCCGGCCCCGCCCGUGACCCUCGACAAUGGCCACCCAGGUGCCGCGACACCACUUUCCUUCAAGCCACUGGGGGGGGCGGUGCUUGAUCUCUCGGACGUUGAUCGCUCUCUCGCCCCAUCUGUGUGCCACGGCCAGCGGCAUGGUCUCCCACAUGCGCCGCGCCGUGUCGUCCUCACAGUCGAUGACCAGGUGGGUGUAGUUGGCGGCCGACUGAUGGAAGAGGGGCGUGCCGAGACGCCGGCGGUGGCGCGUCAGCUCCCAGGGCUGCAGGUGGCCGAACACGUUGGAGAGCUCAUCACGCGACAGCCGACGACGGGCCUGAAGUGACAAUCAACAUGACAUCAAAGUAAGGUCAAGAGGAUUCGAUGUAUCAGAUCUGUCAUGGUGUCGGUCUGACCGGUCCUUGAUUCACAUUCACAGGUGGAGGGUUGCCACUCCUGUAGACGAGGCGAAACGACGGACGGCUCACUGCAGGUGCCUGCGACACAACACGCCAACACACAAGACAAAAACAAAUAUCCACAACGUGCUGUGCCCGUCGUGUGUGCGUACGUCGGUCUGCCCGUCGGCUGCCGGGCUACUGGUGGGCGGUGCAUCCCCUGAGGGAGUGAGUGCAUCUACAGUACUGGAGAGGGCGGGUGCCAGGCACGACAGCUGGUUGACAGAGGCCGUGCAGUGGCUGGCCAGGAGGCGCAGCUGAAGCCGCAACGACUCAUGCGAAGACGCCUGAAAUGCCCUAGAGGGGAAACAUCAGUCAGUCGUCGAGUCAGUCACCAUUGUGUAGGUGAUGGCGGUUACAGUACCUGUGCAGGGUCAUCACUGUUUGACAGGUCCAGCUGAUUGAUUCGCGAUAGAGAGCCGCCCACCUGCAUUCAUGCAGCACGCCAUCCAUCCAUCCAUUCAAUGAGUACCCACAAUUCAAGCGCAGCCGUGUGUUUGCACGACCGUACCUGCGAUUGCAACUCCUGGAGCUGACGCAGGCUUUGCUCAAUACUCGCGGCCUCAGCCUUGACCUGCAGAUGGAUGGACGGAUAGCACGUGCCGAACGAGCAUCACAUCGCAACGCAUCAAUGAGACCCCACCAGUCCGUUGUUCACUCACCUGCGCCGCAUCCAUGGCUGGACGUCAAGAGAGUGAGCUACCUCAUUACGGAACGACUUCG